GCCAUGGCCGCGACCAAUGACGCCCAGCCCGAUGCGGAGACCUUGCAGGUGCUGCGGGACACGGCCAACCGCCUGCGAAUCCAUUCCAUCAGGGCCACAAGCAGCUGCAGCUCCGGCCACCCGACGUCGUGCUGUAGCGCGGCCGAGAUCGUGUCUGUGCUUUUCUUCCACACGAUGAAGUACAAGCAGGCCGAGCCAGAGCACCCCGACAACGACAGAUUCAUCCUCUCCAAAGGACAUCCCACCCCUCGACUGUCGUUCGUUGAUGUGGCGACGGGUUCCCUCGGGCAGGGCCUGGGAGCGGCAUGUGGAAUGGCGUACACUGGCAAGUACUUCGACAAGGCCAGCUAUCGGGUGUUCUGCCUCAUGGGGGAUGGCGAAUCCGCGGAAGGCUCCGUCUGGGAGGCUUUGGCUUUUGCCUCCCACUACAGUUUGGACAAUCUCGUGGCAGUCUUUGAUGUGAACCGCUUGGGACAGAGUGGCACCACGCCCCUUGAGCACCGCACCGACGUCUAUAAGGAUCGCUGUGAAGCCUUUGGGUGGAAUGCUUGCAGAGUGGACGGUCAUGAUGUGGAGGCCUUAUGCCGUGCCUUUUGGCAAGCAGCUCAAGUGAAGAACAAACCGACUGCUAUAAUUGCCAAGACCUUCAAGGGCCGGGGUAUUCCAAACAUCGAGGAUGCAGAAAAUUGGCAUGGAAAGCCAAUGCCGAAAGAGAGAGCAGAUGCAAUUAUCAAAUUAAUCGAGAGUCAGAUACAGACCAACAGAACUCUCACGCCAAAAGCCCCUACUGAAGACUCACCUCAGAUCAACAUCUCUAAUAUAAAAAUGACCUCUCUGCCUACCUACAAAGUUGGUGAGAAGAUAGCUACUAGGAAAGCAUAUGGUAUGGCUCUGGCCAAAUUGGGCCUUUCAUGUGAAAGAGUUAUUGCUCUGGAUGGUGACACAAAGAACUCCACCUUUUCUGAGCUAUUUAAGAAAGAUCACCCUGAGCGUUUCAUUGAGUGUUUUAUUGCUGAACAAAACAUGGUAAGUGUGGCCCUGGGCUGUGCUGCACGCGAUCGGACCAUUGCUUUUGUUAGUACAUUUGCUGCCUUCUUGACCCGAGCAUUUGACCAAAUCCGAAUGGGAGCCAUCUCUCAAACCAAUAUCAACAUUGUUGGUUCUCACUGUGGAGUAUCUGUUGGUGAAGACGGACCUUCCCAGAUGGCCCUGGAGGACCUAGCCAUGUUCAGAAGCAUUCCCAGUUGCACUGUUUUCUAUCCAAGUGAUGCAGUCUCAACAGAGCACGCUGUUUGUCUGGCCGCCAAUACCAAGGGACUGUGUUUCAUUCGCACCAGCCGGCCAGAAACUGCAGUUAUUUAUGCCCCAGAAGAAAAUUUUGGGAUUGGACAAGCCAAAGUGAUUCGCUACAGUGAUGAUGACAAGGUCACAGUUGUUGGAGCUGGAGUUACUCUGCAUGAGGCCUUAGCAGCUGCUGCUGAUCUUUCCCAACAAGGUAUUUCUAUUCGUGUCAUUGAUCCGUUUACUAUUAAACCUCUGGAUGCUGUCACUAUCAUUUCCAACGCAAAAGCCACGGGUGGCCAGAUUAUCACAGUGGAAGAUCACUACAGAGAAGGUGGCAUUGGAGAGGCAGUGUGUGCAGCGGUGUGCAGGGAGCCGGGCAUCUCUGUUCAUCAGCUGGCAGUCACAGGAGUGCCUCGAAGUGGAACAGCUGAUGAGUUGCUGGAUAUGUUUGGAAUCAGUGCCAAACACAUCGUAGCUGCUGUGAAGAAUACUAUAAUGAACUAA